AUGUUGUUUGUCUUAAUUGUUGUCUUGAGUAUUGCUGUGGCACAUACUGAUGCAGGUAAUAAUGAGAAUUAUGAAUUCCGAUUACCAAAACAUGGUUGUUUAAAUGAAUGCUAUAAACAUGCAGGCGUCUAUUAUUCAAGUUAUAUUAAUUCAACCAUUCAUGAAAUAAUAACAUUUCACCCUGAUGGCACAUUCACCGCGGUUCUUUCUAAUAAAGAUGGCAAUCAGUAUUCAACACAACAAACUGAUACACCCUUCUCAGAUGGAUAUGGCGUUUGGAAAUGUAAUGGAAAAAAUGGUAUUGAGGCUAAAUCAUUAGACUUUUCGUCUCCAACAUUGGCUCAACCAUGCUAUCGAUCAGUGGAUAUAAUUACAUAUUUAUUUAAAUUUGGUCAUGAUAAAGUUGAGUGUAAAGCCACAUAUACUAGUUACGAGCAAAAUUCGCUCAGCCCAAAUCAACCGCCGGUACCGAUACACGGACCAGUUGAAAGUCUAUGUCAAUCUUACAAAGUGUUCAGUUUAUGCGAGGAAAAACAACACAAUAAGUAUUAG